AUGGUGAUAUUUAGUUAUUUAUUUGUUCUGUAUUAUAUUGAAGGAGUUUUAGCGUUAGACGCGACGCCAUUAUUUCUGAUUGACAAUGGUAUCUUGGACACUGUUACUACACAAACCAACCCGUUCGCUCUGACGACUCUACAGGACUUCGAAGUUAUCACUACCCAAGCGCAAACUCUGAGCGAAAAUAUAGUUUUCUUCAUCGAAAACAACUUUAGCAUCGAAGACGUGUCUUCGAAAGACCGUAAAGGCACUCCAUACAUGCAUUUACACAAGAAUUUUUUAGAACGAAAAGCAAAGUAUUUCCCCAAAGUUGAGGAGCCAUACAAGUUUAUUCGCGAGAAAUUCGAGUCCUUCGAUUUUAACACGUUUCAUUUGCGCAGCACAACGACUAAACUGCACUUGGAUGAGCAUUACAAAUUCAUUUAUAUAUACUUUGAUGAUGGGAAAAAUGAAACCAGGGUUGAUACUUUGAGAAGACACGAUGCCAUAAUAAGGGAGGUUUACUUCGCAAUACGGCAGCUGGUGAAGGGACCGGUGACUGCGAUCUACACGGGCAAGCAAAACCCAGUGGUUGUCAAAGGGGGAUCUAGAAGUUUGACUGUGCCUUUGCAAGCGAAGUCGUGGAAAGCUUUGGAAUGUGGCAACGCCACUUUUAAGUUCUACGAUGGCAAGCUGCUAAACGGUUUCGAAGCGGCUAUGAGGCCGCGCUCCUGCAACUACGAGAGUCUGCGGCAAGCCGGCCAUUUUGGAUACAAUGUUGUGUUCGAUUCAAUCAGAAAUGGCGUCGCGCAGAAAUCAUACCACCUCUUCUUCACGUUUUUACUUCAGCAGGCGGGCUGGAAACUUAUUGAAAUACAAUGGUCCAAACAGAACUACGAGGAGCUGGUAACGCAAGUCCAGAGUAUCAAACAAGCAUGGGACACGUUCUAUGAGAGCAGUAGCCCUCUGGUCAUGGAGUCUAAUGAGUGGUACGAGCCUAAACUUGUCAUUAACAGUUACCAGAUAAAAAUCGCAAAGCACGACCAGCUGCGUGCCCCUAAUGCCAUCACCACUCCGGUAAUAGACUAUGGAACAGCAACCGGCUUAGCCGAUUGGGAGGAGCUCGCUGGGGGCGGCGCAGUCCCUCGCAAACGACGAAUGAGGCCCAUACACAUAUUGACUACUAUACCAUUGCUAGCAGGCGCUAUGAUCGGGGCGUUAUUCCUCUCAGUGAUGAGCUGGGGAGUCCAAAUGAUCAUGGCCCUUCAAGCCAAUGAUAAGCUUGAUAGCACCGAUAGCAAAGGGCUCUCUUUAGGCGACGUGCCGGAUUAGUUAGAAUGUUUUAAUAUGUGAUAAAUAAAGUUAUUUAUACCAGGGAUGUUAUGGAUAUGAAAUUUCGGAUACGGAUUGGAUACGAAUUUAAGAAUGAUUAUUAUACCGGGUACGGAUAAUAAAUUAUUUCUGAUUAUCCGUUAGUUUCGAAUAAUUUCGGUUACAGAUAUUAUUUUUUAAGGAGUUUCAAAAGUAAAAUACAAAUAGGUAAUAAAGUGGUUUUAUUUAUAA